AUGACAACGGCUCAGGCUGUGUUGCCUCCAUUGGCAACUUCAAUCCUUUCGACUCGCAAUGUACUGACGUUUGUUGUUAUAUGGAUUGCCUACCAUGCAAUGAAAGCACUCUACAACAUCUCGCCUCUACACCCAUUAAGUGGCAUUCCUGGACCUAAAUUGGCAGCAGCAACGUACCUGCCGGAGUUCUACUACGAUGUCGUCAAGUACGGAUGCUUCACAAAGGAGAUUGCGAAGAUGCAUGAGAGAUAUGGCCCCAUUGUCCGCAUCAAUCCUCAUGAAGUACAUUGCAACGACAUCUCCUUCGCGGACGAGAUCUACGCUGUCGGCGGGCGGAAACGCGACAAGCCAGUGCAUCAGAUCAACGGCUCAGCAUUAGGACAAGCUGGUUUCGGUACAGCAGACCAUGACCUUCAUCGUGUGCGCCGCAUUCCAGUGGCAAAGUUCUUCUCGCGCGGCAUGAUUGCAAGGCUGGAACCUGAGAUUCAGAACCUGGCGCAGAAGCUUUGUGACAAGCUCCUCCGGGAGUCGGGCCGUAAAGCUUUUGACAUCACCAUGGCUUACAGCUGCUUCACAUCUGAUGCGAUCUCCGGUUACAGCUUUGGCGAGAGCUUCGGCUUCCUUGAUCAGGAUGGCUGGUAUCCCAACUUUCGCGAACCUUUGGCCUCGAUUCUGAAGCCUGUCUUCAUCUUCCGUUUUUUUCCAUGGACCAAAGCUAGCGCUGGCAUAGGCAAAUAUCUGGUCGACUAUAUGCCACCAAGCACCGCUAUGAUGGUCCGCACACUGCAGAUCGACCUCCCGGAAAAGAUGAAGAAGGCCAAGGCCGAUAUCGAUGCUGGAAUCAAGUACGAUCGACCAACAGUUUUUGGCACUAUCCUUGAGUCAGAUUUGGUCUCAUUGGAGAAAGAGCCACAGAGGCUAGCCGACGAAGCUGCUGGUGUUAUCGGUGCUGGCACAGAGACCACGAGCUGGGCAAUGUCUGUCAUCACUUAUCAUCUCUUGACUAAGCCAGAACUCCUCACAAAGCUCCAAAGCGAGCUGCAAUCAGCCGUCAAAGACCCGAAACAGCUGCCUCCAUGGACCGAACUCGAGAAUUUGCCAUAUCUAGGAGCUGUCAUCCAAGAGGGUCUCAGACUAUCCUACGGUGUCUCGGCUCGUACCGCCCGCGUGCCAACUGAGGAAAAUUUGAUAUUCCGUGGAGAAUGGAACAAGCGAUCUGUUGAAUACAUCAUCCCUCAAGGCUACGCAGUGGGCAUGUCAGCUGCCGUUACACAUCACGAUGAGAAGGCGUUCCCUGACUCGCAUGCAUUCAUCCCUGAGCGAUGGCUAGAUGAGAACAACAACCGAAGGAAGGAUAUAGAGCGUAGCAUGCUCGCAUUCUCCAAAGGGAGCCGCUCUUGUCUCGGCAUGAAUCUCGCAUUGUGUGAGCUCAAUUUAAGCCUUACAGCGCUGACUCUUCGUGUCCUGCCCCACAUGCACCUAUUCGAAACGACGCCUGAGGAUCUGGCCUACGAUCAUGAUAUGUUCAUCCCGAUGACCAAAGACAACAGAGGCGUGCAUGUGACGGUAGACUAG